AUGUCUUUAGUUAAAAACAGAAUAAUUAGAGAGUGUUUGCCAAAUGGAAUAAGUGUCCUUCUGAGACAGAUGCCUGUUCAGGAGUAUCUGGUUGGUCUCUCUGGAAAAGGAGGAUCUAUUGGAAACAGAAGAGAAUCUCUUCCAGAUGGAGCAGCACACAUGCUAGAGCAUGUUCUCAUUCGACAGCUCAGUCCGCAGACAAAAGAGAAGUACGAUAUAAAUGGAAAAACAACCCAAACACACAUUUCCAUAUAUGGCCAUGGAAAAAGCAAUAAUAAAUCUGCUGAGCUGGCAAAAGAGCUUCUUUCAGCCAUGCACCACAGCGUAUCAAGAGACAGCAUGGAAAAGGAAAUGCCUCGGAUUGAAAACGAAAUAAAACACGUUCAAAAUACUGCAUCUGAAAAGCAUGAAAACUUCGUAUCAAAGGUUUUUGAAAACACGCCUCUCGCUUCUUCCAUCCUUGGGACUCCAGAAACCCUCCAGAAAAUUACAAGAAAUAACUUGCAGUCUUUUCUGCAGAAUACAUUCACUGCUGGAAACACGCUUUUAGUUGCUGUGGGAAACAUAAACCCAGAGGAAAUACUUAAAACAGCGAGAGAGCAUCCCGCUCUAAAAAACAGCAGUCAAAUGGAUGGACUGCCAUCUACAGAGCCAGAUAGAGUGCAAAUAAAAGAUGCCUUUUCUGAUCAAGGUACUUAUGCAGUACAAGAUAGAGUGCAAAAGACCUUCCAAAAAGAGAAGAAUUCUCUACACGAUGAAACAUCAACUGUACUGAUUGGAUAUAAAAUACCUUACAGAAAAAACAUAAAAUCGUAUGCAUCUUAUUUGGCGAUUGCCCACUCCAUUGAGAAGCACAGUCUAGCCGCAGGGCUAAACCUCAGCCCGCAGCUGUAUUACACAGAUGCAGGCGGCCUGCUGUUCUUUGCAAUUCCAAAGAAUGUGUACAAAAAUAUAUCCAUCGCCAGCAUGGUAGAAAAAGCAGCAGAAAACAUCAAAAAAGACAUAGAGCAAUUUAAACACUCCAAGCCAAGCAGAAUCACACUGCAGCAGCUUGAUCUGCCAAGCUAUCUAUUUUCCAUAGGCCUGGGAUCUCUUACGGAAGAAGAAUUGCUCAGCUCUCUAAAAAAGUUGGAGACUUCUGACAUCACAGAAGGUCUUAAAAUCUUCAACAAAAAACCGUACAUCAUGGAAGUUUCAUCUUAG